AUGCCACAAUCUUACAAGUCCCAUGGACUCCCGGGAGACAUCCACACACAACCACCCUCUCACUUUGACACUGGGAUUGGCUCCAAUUCGUUGGCUGCACAAGGCUCAAUAGCGCUGGUUGACUCCAGCCAUCUCGCCGGUUUGGGCCUCCAUCGCCACAAAGCAAAGACCGCCCGAGGCGCGAGGGAGGAAAGAAGAAAGCGCCCAACGUGGGGCUCGAACCCACGACAAUUCGAUGUCAACCGGCACGUGACCACACAUUCGAACAAAGGCUCGCCCAUCCCAGGACUGCACCGCCAUCGCGUUUAUACCUAUACCUCAUAUUCCCCCAAACCAGGCCUCGAUCUAAAAACAGGCGCUAUCAGUCUAAGUGACGUGUUGGUCCUUCGGCAGCUUUUCAGCUUGUCAAUCGUCAUCAUCAUCGCCGGAAUCCAUCCUUUCUGCCAACGAUUCUCCGUCGGAAAACAAACACAAGCGAGACCUACCAACCGGCAAAACGAGCGCGCCGUGAUGUCUAAGCUACAAAUUACCGAGACGUCCAGCGUGGACGCGAUCCAGUCGAUCAUCAAAGACCCGUCCAUCAAGCCAUCAGAUGAAGCAAUCAAGGUGCUCUUCAGCAGUAUCUCCUCCUCGAACGGAUCGGUGCGUGCCCAGGCUUUGGAGGCACUAGGUUUAGUCUUAUCUCGCCAAGAAAGCCACGGAACGGCUUGGUUUGAAAGCGCGCUAAAAUCUCUCAUGCAUUCCACCGAAGCUCUCGAGGUCUGCAACGGCCUCGCUGCUCUUGCCGCUAUCUGGUCGAUUUCUCAAGACCACGCCCUCCGCUUCAUUCAAUCCGAAGGCUUUUUUUCGCGUCUCGCCAACUCGGUCGUUAAGCUUGCCGCGCUUGAUCAGAGCCGACCAGAAGAGGCCGACUCGGAGUGGCCCGAAUGUUCGGAUUGGUUAACUGGGAUCUCUCGAGGCACCAGUCCCACCUCGGUCUCUAUUCCUGCCCGCUGUGGCGCAAUUCUGGCGUUACUGAAAUUGCGAAGAUCAACGGAUCUCCAAUCCGCGCCGAAACCUUCAUCUGAUCAGCUUGUCGACAUUCUGAUGAUAAGCUUCUUGGGAAACAAGAAUCCUCCAAACUCGGCCAUCGAAAGUUUGGCGCUUCUCAGCGAGGACGAAUCCGUCCGAAAAACCUUGAGAGGGAGGUCCGAAGCUUUCUUUCAAACUGCCAAAUCUCUCACACAAAGUGAUCGGGAUCACGAGGCCGGCCAAAUCAAGUUUACACCCUCUCGAUCUUUAGCCUUUGGACUAGCGACCGUCGUCCUCCAUCUUGUAUCUUUCAAGGUGCUUACAAACGAAUUUCCAGCUGAUGAUAAAGCUCGAGAGAAGCAGGAACACAGAAGACACCGUAUGCUACUAGCGGAAAGAGAUUAUUAUGGCUUCCAUGCCCCCCAGGAGGAUAGAGAGAACGAAAAAUAUGACAGGGGGGUGUUGCCUUGGCUUCGGUCUACACUCGAACGUAAUUCCGACUUCAUCCAAACCUUGGCUUGGCUUUCGAAGACUGGCGAUGCAAGUCCACAACUCAAAGCCACUAUUACCAAAGUGUGGCUGAACCUUGUUGAAUAUGACAACUGCGCGACGCUUGCAUCGGAAUCUGGGGGCCUAGAGAUUGUGUUGGAUAUCCUCAACACCCCCAAAUUCUCUGGUUAUCUCUCGCAACAGCAGUCACCUGGCACACCAGCUUCAGAGACGAACGCAAUGUCAACUCUCGGCAGUCUUGUCCUUGAUCCACACGAGCUCGAGAUGAUCCAAGUAUUGGCCAAAUUGAAUGCUUUUUACAGUUCAGACGAGGAUCACCAGCGAACAAUGGUCAAGCUACUCACUAUUCUGUUCCUUCACCCGUCUUCGACCAAGUUUCAGACUUACCUGGCUCUUACAGCCCUUUCUAGUGUUAUCCGAUCUGAGGGUGCAACGGCCGAAGUGCUUGGAUGCUCUCAACUUCUGGAUCGAUUGGACCAACUCGUGGUAUCUGAGUUUUCUCGAGAAAUUCUUGAAGUCAUCGAUAGCCUCAUCGCCCAACCAGCCUACUUCAAGAGAUUUGCGCCGCCGUCGCCAGCAGACUCAAAUCAAACCGAUAUCACCUAUAUCACUAGGCUUCAAGAUUUAAUCAGUUUAAUCAACCAUAAAGAGGUCAAAGUUUCUUGUCAGGCUGCUAGCGUGUUCCACAUCCUUGUUCAAGCAUCCCCGGAAGUUGGUCAAGCAAUCGUAUCCGAUCACUCUUUGACUGAGAGUUUGUUGAAGACCUUCAAAAUUUGGGCUAAUGGCGAUCGCGAUUCGGACGGCUAUUACUUGUCGACGAGUGAGAACAUGCGUGCAGCAUUUCAGGCAAUCUACGAUAACCUGCCCUGCCCCUCAGAGGGCGAUCCUCCUGCGCUCUUUGUCGACGACCGUUUGCAUUAUGGGCUCAUGCAAAUCGACGACUUUUGCGAUCAGGGCAUGGAACACGGAGAUUACAAGGAUUGUCGGGAUCUCCGAGUGGAUAUCGCAAGCCUCUCCAAAUGCAUCGUCGAGCAAUUUCACUCACGAAAAAAAUUCGAACACUUUGAUCUACACAAUUGA